AUGGCACCUUUCAGAAACACCGGGCCAUCUUUGUCCAGUGGACUCCUCAGACAGCUUGGUGUGCAUACGCAAGAUCCACUCAGUCGCGGCCGGCGAAAUGCCAUGCGCACAAGACAACGGAAGGGUAUUGCGACAGAUUGCCCGCAACGGCGUGAGUCGAACCAGACAACACACACGUCUCGGAAUUCCCGAACCCCCAACCGACAGCAGGCCACUGGUAUCGACAAGACACUGCCCAAUGAAACGGGGAAUAGCCAAAACCAGUCGGAAUUUGUCAACCAAGAAUUAAAUGAUGAUUCAAUCGACGAAAACAACUUUGAUGGUUUCGAUAUUGCUGAAAAGGGUGAUGCUCUGAACAAUGAGACUUCCGAGGAGGGGAAUGAUGGCGGCGCCAGUUCUCCUAACCUGGGCACUGCCACCCCGGCAAGAGCCUCUAGGCGCAUGCGUGAGCAACUGGAGAAGGACGACGCUGAUAUUGCAGAGCUUGAGCGCAAGCUAGGCUUGAAGGGGCGGAAAACCCUUCCUCAGACAUUCAAAGACGAUGGCCUUGGGGACUUGCUAAAGUCUCUUGGAGAAUCCGAAGACAAGAACGUUGAGGCAACCCUGAAAAAUAAACGGAAGAACGAAGCAGAAGAAUGGCUUCAAGCGAAACGACAAAAGGCGAUGGGACAAAACGCCGACGCUCAUCAUAGUAGCGACGGGGACGACAACGACAGCAACGACGAUGACGACGAUGACGGUAUUUUUGGAGUCUCGGACGAAGAAACAAGGUGCUCUAUCGUUGUUGAUUCAGGGAGUGGGGGCGAUCAAACAACGCGAACAUCGAAACGGGUCAGAGAAAAUCCUUAUGUCGCGCCCGCCAUAUCAUUGCCGUCGUCGCAGAAAUACAUCCCUCCGGCCCUCCGAAGAACUGAACGAGCGACGAACUCCGAAUCCGAACGCGUUACUCGGGUGCGGCGACAAGCGCACCACUUGAUUGCUCGCCUGUCAGAUGCCAACUUGUUAGCCAUUCUUGGAGAAGUCGAGAAACUCUAUCUCGAGAGCCCACGACAAUUUGUAACGGAAGCGGUAACUGACAAGCUUCUCGAGCAAAUCUAUAUUGAAAGCGCCCUGUCAAACAAUGUUACAGUCUUGAUAGCUGGAUUUGCAUCAGCGGUCUAUAUGGUCAAGGGGCCUGAUUUCGGAGCGAACUUCAUCCAGCAAAAUGCGACGCUUUUCAAGCAACACUACGAUGCUCUGGUCAAAAAUGACUCGGGGAACGCAGCAGGCCGCCUGCAACAUUCGUGGUCUCCACCGUCCAAGGCAGCCCUUAAUCUAUUUUCUCUUAUGGCCGAGCUCUACAAUUUCCGCAUGAUCGGACCAAACCUUAUCUACGACUACAUUCGCAUGUUGCUUGCGAACCUCAACGAAACAAGCGCCGAGAUGCUACUAAAGGUGUUUGAAAUAAGCGGUCACCGUCUUCAUCAAGACGACCCUAGAGCACUCAAAGACAUUGUGGCUCUCAUCCAGCCUGCAGUUGUGCGUUCUGGGGGCGAAGACGCCCUUUCCGUUCGCACAUGGCAUAUGAUUGAUAGAAUAAGCGAUAUCAAGAAGGGCGACAAGAAGAAGCAACGUGAUAAAGAAGGCAGUGGCUUUGGCCAUGCAGAAAGGAUACGAAAGGUGUUGGGUGGUCUACCCACGUCGAGAAAACUAGAGGCGACCGGACCGUUGCGCGUCAGCUUGUCCGACAUUGAGCAGGUGGGCAGGCGCGGCAAGUGGUGGUUAGUUGGAGCAAGCUGGGCCGGCCGUGACGAACAACCAGAAGGUCAACACUCUGGGAUCACCAAAGUACCUGACGCUAACGACAAGCCGCUGACACGGCAAGGCACCGGCCGACUUGCUUCCAUAGAGCCGGGCGAAGAUGACAUUUUGGGCUCCUGGGGUGAUGAUAUCGCCGAUGUAGAAGAGCUCGAUUUGCUGGCGAGAGAGCAGGGUAUGAAUACCGAUGCAAGACGAUCCAUCUUCAUCACCCUUCUCUCAGCGACCGACAGUAAAGAUGCGCAAGCCCGGCUCCUAAGACUCGGGUUGAAUAAGUUCGAGAAGCGAGAGGUGCCCAAUGUGCUUCUCCGGUGUGUCGGGUCCGAAAAGCACUUUAAUCGCUACUACGCACUUGUGGCACGGCAGGUAUGCGGCGCCGAUAGGAGAAUGGCAUGGGUAUUUCAAGCAAGCGUCUGGAAGCUGUUUCGGCGGAUGGGCGAGCCCAUGUUUGGCGAAGAAGCGGAAGACGACGAGGCGGACGAGGAUGACGAGGCAACAGACAUGCGUCGAAUCGUCAACACGGCAAAAUUGUGCGGUUUUCUGGUAGCAAGUGGAAACCUCGGCCUAGAUAUCUUGAAAUGCCUCAGCCUGGUCCGGUUGCAGGCGAAGACACGGGCGUUUGUUGAGGUGAUGCUGCUGACUUUUUUUGAAGAGGCACACAGCACGAGCAGGGUUGGGAAGGCUGGAGGCAACAGUGGUGCCGUCAUCCGCAAGCGGUUCCAGGCCGCCAGCGUCACGGACGACCUUCGCCGCGGGCUACAGUACUUUAUCGACAUGGUGGUCCGACGAUCAAAACUAGUUGAAAAGCACCAGGAGGAUCGCAUCGCCAAGUUGUGUGACCGGGCGCAGAAGGCGUUGCGAGAUCCUCGAGGCUCAUGA